UUUAAUUUGUGAUAUCGUUAGAGUUUAAACUAUUAUUUAUUUCUCUAAUAAUGGAGGCUGGAAGAAAGUUGCAGUAUGUGGUCACAUGUGCCGUAUCUAUACUUACGUCAACUAUGGGUUUCAUAUAUGCAUGGUCAAUGGUAAUGAUAAGGAAGAUUUGGCUGGGUAAAGCAGAUUUUCAAUUGAAUGCUGAGGAAACAAAAUGGUUCUUCAAUAUAGCACCAAUAGGAUUGUUAGUUGGAACUGUGUUUGCAGGAUACAUUUGCGACAAAUUUGGCCGACGAACUACAUUAUUAACUGCUACAGUGAUCGCUGCUUUUGGAUCGAUUUUUGCUGCAAUAUCAUCAGAAGCAUGGUUGCUGUAUGUAAUGCAGGGUCUUUGGUCAUUUUCUUUGGGUAUAGUAUGGACUGUUAGAAAUAUAUAUAUGGCAGAAAUAGUAGACCCCGAUAUCCGUGGAGGUCUGUCUUUGGCGACAAGAUUUAUGUUCCAUUUCGGAAGUCUUUUAAUGGUAUUGAUAGGAGAAACGGUAUCUUAUAGAGCAAUGAACAAUUGGAUUAUAAUUGCACCUUUGCUGUCCUUCGCAGCUAUUUACCCAAUACCAGAGUCACCUUAUUAUCUAUUGAAAGUGGGGAAGGAGGAACAGGCUAGAAAAGAAUUGUCUAGUUUGCAGGAAAACGUGGGGACUGAGGACAUUGAUACUCAAUUUGAAAAAAUGAAGAUGCAUGUCACAAUGGAGAUGCAAAAUUCUAGUUCGUUCUUCGGAUUCAUUAGCAAUAUAAGCAGAAAAGCUCUGAUUAUAACAUUCGAUUUUAUCGUUACAGGCAUAAAAUUGUUCUCUAUUUCGUUGGGACCAAUAGUGAUGCAAGGAUUAGACAGCAUGAUACUUGAGGAAGCGGACAUCGAUUUGACCUUCACAGACAUGAUAGAUUUGGGGAUAAAAGUUGGUGUUGGUAUACUCUCCGCUUUACUAGUGGACCGAGUGGGUCGUCGCAUUCUUCUCUUGUGGUCAUUCAUCGGAUGUAGCCUGUCAAUGACCGUUAUUGCACUAUACUUUGGAGUCCGAGAUUAUUAUACUCAGGCGAUCCAAUCCAUUGGUUAUGUAACUUUUGCCGCUCUUAUUAUAUUACUCAUAUCAAAGUCACUUGGUUUAGCCUCUAUCAAAGAAGUCAUAGAAGUAGAGUUAUUCCCUCUUAAUGUAAGAGUAAUGGCUGUAGUCACUCUUUAUGUGUUCGAAGGACUUGGCUAUUCAUUAGAAAAAGGGGUUAGAGAAUUCGAGAGCAGCGCUGGGCGCGUGAGUGUGUUUUGGACGUUUGCUGUAAUUGCAAUUCAUGGAUUUAUUUUUACGUACUUAGUCCUACCUGAAACGAAACGUAAAAGUUUGAAAGAAAUUCAAGAGAUGCUUCGGGGUGAUGAAAAUGUAAACAAAAGAGAAAUUACCACAAUACAAGAGUGAACAGAGAAGUUUAGAGAAAGAAAUGCUGGGAGUAAUAUCUUGUACAAUAAUUGUUGAAUUAAAUAAAUUUAUUACAACGUCUUUAUCUUGAACUUUGAUAACCGAUAUUCGCAGCUAACUUCCAAAGUCUCAGAGAUCCUCUAUUCACUAACAGGAUCCUAAUAUUGCCGCAAGCUCUGUUAAUUUCCCGUUCAUUGUGCCUCAUGUUUUAAAAACGGUUUUAUUUAGUGCUAAAUAGCCUACGAGUAAAACAACCUCUUUAGCAAAAACUUUUUUAUCUAAAGACAAUGAUUUAUUUAGAUAUUAAUUUAUAGUUGUAGCUAUGCGACGGGGGUAACGUACAUUUAGAACAAAGUGUUAAGCCCGCCCAUGGACUUACAUACUUACACUUACCAGUGCGUUGCUGACUUUUAGGAUAUAAUAUGUUCCUUUCUUUUAAGCUUCUAGAUAUACGGUCUCUAAGUACUUAGUAAAAAGUUACCUGGUUCCUCAGAUUUCUAUGACUGUUAAUGUCAAUUCAAAAUAAACAUAGCAUAUAUAUUAUAUAUAGCAGCUGUUGAAUUCAUUUCUCCACAAUUGUCUCGUUUCUAAAUGUAAGAUUUAAAUAACUAGUAAAAUUGUUAGACUUAUUUUAUG